AAUAAUAAUUUUACACUUGUAGACAAUUAUUUGAGGAUAAUCCUUACUAUCGUUUAUAUUGGUUAGUAAAUUAAUUCCAGAAGCUAUAUAUUUCAAAUGUAAUAGUUUACUAAAAGGGCAAGCAUGAUUAACAUGGCAAGCCGAGUAGCCAAGCUCUAUUCUGAGUUCUCUAGUCGCCUUCUGAUCAUCUCUAAAUUUAAUUCAUUUGUAUAACACUUAUUCAUUUCGAGGAAAUUUAGCUCUGCUGUUAACCAGUUUUUUAGUUAUUUUGUAUCUCCCCCACGUUAUUUCUUGAGAUUCCUGUCCCACUAUGGCAAUUAUAUAUAGCGAUCCGUAUAAAUUAAAAAUUUUAUUUUAAUCACUACAUUAUUUUAAUAUAUAAAAAUAUGCGUACAUUACACUGAUAUGAAAGCAAUACCGAUAAAUUUUAUCGUGCUCCAUGUUGAGAUCUCUCUCAUGUGACGUGCUUAAAUGGAGAUUAUAAUUGUGCUAUACGUAUAGAUAGAUAUAUGUAACUAUAUAUGUAUUAUGCAUAUAAACGUACGACAUUGGUUCCGCCAACAUUAAUGGCAGAUCUCAAGAAGACGAUUUCGACACUUUCGACAAUGUGUAGAUCUUGUGAUGGUAAGAAUAAGACCUCGAGUUCUAGAAGCUCCACCCAAUCGGAAUUUGCCACGUUUGCUAUGUAAUAAUUCGCUUUGCAAGCAUACCUUAUCUAAUUAAUACAACUUUCAUUAUUCAAAGCAUAACUAAAUCGUCAACGCUAAGUAAAAAACCCUCAUCCCCAAACCUUGUGGAUUCUGUAUAACUGACACCAAUUAAAAUAGUUAAGGGUUAGAAUAAUAACAUGCAAAAUAACUGUAGUGUGAUUUUAAUAAUAUCAAAAUGUAUAAAUACAUUUGUAUAUAUAUAUAUAUAUUUUGUACUAUUAACUUUAACUGAUGUGGUGUAGUUUGGAUCUUCAGAAAUUUUUAUAUAUAAAAAGAAAAAGAAAAUACAAAGAUAAUCUCAUAAAAAUAUUCAUAAUUUUUCCAAGCAAGGCUAUGAACUCCCAAAAGCCCCAUCAACUAUUCCUCAGGUCACUUAUAUAAAAGUGUCUACAUUUUCUGCUAGCAAGGAGAAAAAAUAAAAUUUCUACUGUUUUAGAUUUGGUCUGUCCUUUUUUUUUGUUCAAACAGAUAUGGUGCUGUCCAGAAACCAUCCAAUACUUGAUACAUAUAUUCAAUUGCCUGAGUUGCCCAAAAAAAAAAAAAAAUUCAAUUGCCUGAACGUUUAAGAAAAACCUACUUGACAAAUAUAAGCAAGGGUUGUAUCGUUGUUUUCCACUUUUCUCGUUGUUUUAAAAAAAAAAAAACUGUUUCUUCUGUAAGAUUUAAAGUUUAUUAAAAAGUACAGUAAAAACUCUAUAAAUUAAUAAUGUUAGGACUAUGAUAUUUUAUUAAUUUGCAAAAAGUUUUUUUGGAUUUUUUAUUUUGGAAUAUUUUGUUUUUAUAAAAUAAACAAAAUAAUUGAUUUAAUCGUAUGUACAUUAAUUAAAUUUUUGAAAUUUGACUUUCAGGUUAUUUUUACUGUAUUGUUUGGUGUAUAUAAAUUAUGUUAUAUAAAAUUUAAAUGUGGUUUAGAUAUAACUUUACUAAAUAUUAGCAAAAUAUAUUGAAGUGUUAAGAAAAUAUAAAGGUUAUUCUAUUAUGAAAUAAAAAUAAUAAUACAAUUUUUUUGUAUUUAUAUAAAAUUAUAUAUUCAAAAAUUAUUAAAUUGUGAUUUUAACGGAACAAUAUAUUUAUAUAGGAUUUUCUAUAAUAUUAUUAUUUUAUUAUUUUAUCGAUUUGAGUCAUAUUUGAACUGAUUCAAUUUGUGAUUAAAAUAUUUAUUAAUUUAUAGUAUUUAUUAAUUUAUCUAAUAUUCAUUUAUAAAAUUUAUAAUGUAUGUGUUCAUAGUAAAACCAGAAUAUGGUAACAGUAGAAUUGCUUUUCUACAUAAAUUCCUAUGUAGUUUAGUUUUUCUUUAAAUAAUUAUUAUUUAUGACCUUUUGUAUGGUGAUUUGAUAGCAUUGCAAGAAACAAGUGAAAAUAGUUAAGUGAGUAUCAGCUUAAAGCAAAAUUUAUGAUUAGAAAUAUUAAUGAGAUCAAAGUUAAUCUUGAGCGGCGGGGUAAUAAAAUCGUGAAGAUCUUUCUUUUCUAUAUAGAUUAUGUAAUUUUGAGUUUCUUAGUCCUUUGAUAAAAAAAAUGUAAAAAGUAUGUGUAACAUAUGUUCUCGCAAUUUGUUAAGCAGAAAGCUAACACCACCUUUUGAGAUUUAAUUUUGUAGGAUGAAUAACUUUUUGGAAACCACUAAUUUUGUACGGCAUCCUAAUAUGGACGUGGCAUGUUGGUAAUUGGUAUACUUACAAGCUAGUCAAAGUAAUUCUACUGAUCUAUCAGAAAUUUUUUUUUUGACGAAAAAAUAACCCAAAAUACUAUCUAUCAGAAAUUAUAAGGGCACUGAUUCAAAAUAUAACAUUAAGUUUAGAUAAAUAAAAAUAGCAUAAGAACUAAGAAGUUUAGAUAAAUAAAAAACAAGUGGAUGUUAAAUAGUGUUCCUAACUCGUCGCCAAAAGAAAAAUAGUUCCUAAGUCGAUGGAAAAAAUAAUCAUUGGUAUAAAAUAAUUUUCAUUUUUCCCAUUAAUUUGUAUGCCAUUUGUUAUCUCCAUUGAUUUAUUACAAGUAUAAGAAGAAGCAUCAUAUAUAAGCAAAGUGACACUAUCACUCUCUCUACUUCUCUCUCUCUCUCUCUGAAUCACUCUCUUUUUGAUUUGAAUCACCACAAACUCAUAAUCAAAUACACAAGAAACACACAAAAAAAUUCGACCAGUUCAUCUGAAUCUGAGUCCAAAACUCCCUGCAGAAGCACACAAUAUUCAUGGAGGAGAAGUGGAAGCUGUCGAAGAAAGAGACAACAACUUCUUCUUCCUCUAAGUCAAAGUUCUCAAGAAGCUUCUCAACAAGUGCUUCAUCUGCUAAAUCUCCACUAUUCGCAAGGAGUUCCUCUACUAAAUGCUCUGUUCCCUUAUCCUCAUCUUCUUCAUCUUCAAUCUCUAGAAGCUUCUCAAGAAAAGAGAGAAAAUCGUCUUCCUCUCCAUCUUCUUCUAUCACUCGAAAAUACAGCAGCUUGGCUAAGGAACAAAAGGCAAGGUUUUACAUCAUGAGAAGGUGUGUGGCUAUGCUUGUUUGUUGGCAUAAACAUGGAGAUUCUUAAUUAGAUCUUCCUUUCAUUGUUACUUGUAAUUAGAUCAGUAUGAUUAUUCCAUACAAGUUCAUUGUAAGAAGAAAUUUUUGUUUUAAAAAAAUAGGGUUUCAAUGCCCAUUGUUCCGUAACAUAACAUUUUCCUUAAUUACCUAUCUUUCGUAUGCUACA